CCCACAGCCGUCCCACGAAGCGGACGCUCACCUGCACGUCUAUUUGAGCGUCUACCUGGCGUCAUGGCUGCACCUGUCCUCUCGGCACCACUGAGAAGCACCGCGGAACAAACAUGAAAGUCCCCUUUCCCGCCUCGUCCGGAGACUCUGCGCCGACACUGAGUUGUUGUGUGGUGUGACCUGAUGGGAUGAUGUUCACCCCCCCUCCCCUGAGGACUUCUCUCGUACAGGCAUGACACUUUCCUCCCGAAAACAAACCUAUUGAUUCUCUAAAUACAAGAUUCCAGCUGCCUGGUGUGUGAGACUGAUCUGUGCCUGCUGCUGCUGAUACAGUUCUUACUGUCCGGUCUGGCACAGAUGGAUGAGCUGGAUGGGUUCCGUGUGAAGCUCACCCCGGACGACGCGGUUCCUCCGGCUGUUUCUGUGGCCGAACACAUCAAUCUAGAAGAUGCACAUUACACCUGGCUGCGAGGCGAGCUGGACUCUGACGCCCAGGCUCUGGAGCCUGAGUCCUGGAGCGUGGCUGUGGAUCAGGACUACAUGAGGGCUCUGCAGAAGGAGGCAGCCAGGAGGCAGGACGUCAUUUAUGAGCUGAUCCAGACAGAGGUGCAUCACGUGCGCACCCUGAGGAUCCUCAAGCACGUCUACAUGCACGAGCUGAGACAGUCCCUGCAGGUGGAGGAGGCCAGACUGGAAGGCCUCUUCUCUGGAGUGGAUCCCCUCCUCACGCUGCACCUGCAUUUCCUCAAGUGCCUCAAGCUGCGUCGCAGCCAGAGUCUGGAGGAAGGGAGCCCCAACAACUACCAGAUCUCUCAGCUGGGAGACGUUCUCAUCAACCAGUUUUCAGGCAAGCUUGGAGAGGGGAUGCGGGAGUGGUACAGUGUCUUCUGCAGCCACCAGGGCGAGGCCUUGGCCUUCUACAAGGAGCAGAUGCAGAGCAACAAGAAGCUGCAGAACCUCAUCAAGAAAAUUGGGCAGCUGCCCCUGGUGAGAAGGCUGGGGAUCCCCGAGUGUUUCCUGUUGGUGACGCAGAGGAUCACCAAGUAUCCUGUGCUGGUGGAGCGAAUCAUCCACAACACUGAAGCGGACACGGACGAGCACAAGUCGCUGCAGCAGGGUUUAGCGCUCAUCAAGGACGCCAUCACGCAGGUGAACGCUCACGUCAGCGACUAUGAGAAAGCGCUGCGGCUGAAGGACAUCUACCUGCGGCUGGAGCCCAAGUCUCAGGGGCGACUGAACAACGGCCGCGUCUUCCGAAGGGAGGACAUCAACCAGGACAAGACGCUGCUGCACGAGGGCGUCCUGAGCUGGAAGUCCUCCGGUCGAGUCAAAGACAUCCAAGCGGUGCUGCUGUCCGAUGUCCUGCUGCUCUUGCAGGAGAAGGAUCAGAAGCUGGUGUUUGCUGCGGUGGACAACAAGCCUCCGGUCAUCUCCCUCCAAAAUCUCAUCGUCCGAGAGGUGGCCCAUGAGGACCGGGCCAUGUUCCUCAUCUGCUCCAGCACUGCCACCACGCUGGAGCUGUACGAGAUGUAUGAGCUGCACUGUGCCUCCAGGGAGGAUCGGCUCAACUGGAUGAAACUGAUCUGGGAAGCUGUGAACAGAUAUUCAGAAGAAGACAAGCUCCGCACUGAGCUGAUCACCACGCUGCAAGAGUAUCAAGAGCUUUUAAGCGCCAAAGACGAGCAGAUAAAACGAAUCCUGGAGGAGAAACUGCACGUCCUGGCUUCUCUGCACGAGGAUGUGACUGGACAGGAGACGGCCCCCAGAAGUCUGCUGCUCUCUGGCAGCCCGUCUGACCUCCAGCAGGGGGCGAAGCUGCUCCAAGAUGCCAUCGAUGAGGUGGAGGCUCUUCAGUUAAGAGCCAAGGAACUGACCCCACACGUGGGGGAGGAGAAGAUGGUCCGCAGGGCCGAGACCUUCGCAGUGUGGGAGAGAAACCCCUCAUCCAAGUCAUUAGAUGUAGAGGAGCUCCACGACGACGGGAGGUGCAACGGUGACCGAGGCCCAGCCCACAUCCAUCGCACCGCCAGCGACCCCCAGCUCCAGCUCCUGAGGUUCUCAGAGAGCCAGGAACAGUCGGCGGAUGGUGACGCUCCACUGACUAACUCCAGCUCUGGAGAUUUCCCCGAGAUGUUUGACCGGAUGAUCCUGCUUGCUCAGAGGCUCUACAGUUUGCAGGCGGUGGUGGCCCAGCAGGACAGUCAAAUCGAGCUGCAGGAGGUGCAGCAGUUCCGGAGCAAACCCUCGCGACCGUACAGCAGCGUCCUGCUGGAGCAGGAGAAGCAGAGGAACCUGGAGAAGCAGAAGCAGGAGCUGGCCAACCUGCACAAGCUGCAGGCGCAGCACCGCGAGGAGCAGCAGCGCUGGGAGAAGGACCGGGACCGGCAGAGCGUGCAGAUGGAGGUGCUGGAGGGCGAGCUGAAGCAGAGGGAGGAGGAGUGCCGGGCCAGGGAGGAGAAGCUGAAGGAGGAGAAGGCUGAGCUGGAGAGUCGGAGGGUGAGCUACCAGCAGGACCUGGAGCGACUCCGGGAGUCCACCAAGUCUGUGGAGAAGGAGCGCGAGCGCUUGAGCCAGGAGAAGGAGCGGCUGGAGCAUCAGCAGGAGAAGCUGAAGAAGCACCUGAGCAGCCUGAACCUGGGGAACUACGAGGACCCCACUUACUACUCCAGCUUCUCCACGUACUCGUCCUUCCGCAGCAACACCAACGGACUUGCCGCUUACACGCCCAUCCCGUCCAGCUCGGGCCCCUUGGAGGUCCCGCCCAAGGUCCCUCCGCGCAAGGAGAGCAUCAGCCCUCAGCCGGUGAAGGCGGACCUUCCCAUCCACCUCAUCAGCACCACCAACCAGGUGCUCAAACCAGCCGUGGUGCAGCAGCAGAUCCCCACCAAGCUGCUGGCCGUCUCCAAGGGCAAGGACAAGGGCUUCCGAGUGAAGGGCCACCAGAGGACCCACAGCGCAGCAUCCAUCGACGUGAACCAGGUGCUGCCCAUCCGCGGCAGCCCGUCCGGGAAAGAAGGUGGAAGCAUGCGAGCGCCCAAGAGCACGGGCCCUCAGAACGUCCCCCCCGCAGGCUCCUUCAACCCGCAGGCUUCCACUCGCAGCGUGAAAACUUCCAAGUCCUUCACGUCACUCAGGACCAUCAACAUGGAAGCUCCUCCUCCACCACCACCGCCUCCUUUCCCCUCUGACGUGCUGGAACCAGGCAAGGAGAAGGAGAUCUUCCUGUGAAGCCCCAGCUUCUGGGCUGGGGGAGACAUUCUAGAGCUUAAGACUCUUGUUUUCAUCUCCUGCCUGAGCAGGAAGAUGUGGGACCUCAUGCAGCGACAAAAGAAUGAAGAAUUGAAUGUUUUAGAAAAAACUUUUUUUAAGUGCCUAGAUGUUUGCACAUUAUUUUAAACCAUUUUUAGUGCCAAAUUUUGUUUCCCUCUUUUUAGACUUAAUUUUUAUCCCUCAGGGAAACCGUCGGAAAUAAUUUAAACGAUGUUCAACAGUUAAAACUGCUGGAAAAUGAUGUCAGAAGAAAGGCUGAACUGCCAACAGCCAGAUGUCUGGGUUGAAUAAACGUGCUU